UGUCGACUGGACUCGUUCUUCGAGGCUGUCUGUCCGGUCGGCUUUGAUGAUGCUGAUCAUGCAGCCUACUCCUACUCCUUCUCCUCCUACUUGUCCUCCUCCUCGCCAUGAUAAACAGCAUCUGUUCUGGCAGGCAGUCAUAACAUGGGAACCCGAAGUGGCAUCAUCCCGGCAUUGCUCCCGACUCUGCGAUCGUCUCUGCUCUCUCCUCUUCCCUCUAGGGUUUUGUCGGAUUCUUCCAUUUUUGCCAGUGCAAUGUCCUUUCUGGCAUCAGAUUGCUGGCCAGGCCGUCUCGACAUCCUGGCUCCGGCUUUUUUGCCUCUUCUCGAUUUCAUGAAUUGUGUCUCUUCGUUCCGACACCCCAAGGCUGUUCACUCUGUCUGACAUCCUCUAGGAUUGCCAGCCUUGUGCGAGCGAGCUUACUCGUUGGGGCGUCGAAUUAACGUUUUUAGGUCUGUAGAUUCGCGGUGCAGAUGUUUCGUACGUGAUGUUUCGCACAAUAGCAGCUGCUGGAAUCGAAUUGCGCUCGGCAAUAUGAUUUCACGUGCCGUGCAAGUUUCGAAUUUGUAUUGACUUAGUUUAGCACUGCUCAGCGGCUCCGCGUCCAAGUUUAAGGAUCGUCCACUGUCAUAUUGGAUUUGGAGACUGGCUGCAAGGAUUCGCAAGUACAAUUUAACAAUCAGAGGAAAGGUAUCUGUCAUCACUUAGAAUUUUGGAGCAUCUUGAAGCACCAGCAGUGCCACAAGCAGAGAAGUGAGCAUACAAGUAGAUUUACAUUGAAGACACUUGAAGGUAGUUCUUCUCGUCUUUUGCGAGUAGCCUAGGGUAUCAGGUCACAGUGGCUGGGUCGAAUAAGAGGGCAAGGCUGGACCUUCUACGGCAGUCCUUCAUGAGUGAUCCUGAGGACGAAGAAGACAGCUUGAGACUUACACUAGGGCCUCCUGGCUCCUCGUCUCGGCUGUCGCCUUCGCCAGAUCCAUUUCUCCGUUCUGCUUUUCAACAGCAAGGGCCACUUUUGCCGGUGGUGACGACGCUCUACGAAGUGGAUGAACACUAUCGCCCUCGACGCACCCCUGUGCGCACUUUGCCCCCUGGUUCACAAUGCACAAGUGAGCGGUUGUUAGGUACUGGCGGCAAUGUAACGAAGAAAGGUCCUCAUGUCUCACCCCCAUUUCUAUGGUCAUCAGAAUAUCGUGCGAAGAACCAUAGUCUUGAGUGGAUAUUGAGACGCGGCCUAACCAGUAUUAGUGGUGAGGUGCAGUGUAAAAGGUGCGAUGGAAUGACUACUGUCGAGGUCAAUCUACAGGCAGCUUUUGUUCAGCUUGAAAGAUACUUCCUGGAGAACAAGCACUUAAUGCAUGAUCGCGCACCAAAGCACUGGAUGGUUCCACGGCUUCUUGAUUGCACAUUGUGCCGUCAAAUUGACUGUGUGAAGCCAAUCAUAGCUGAGAAAAAGAGAGAAAUAAACUGGCUAUUUCUCUUGCUAACUCAGACUCUUGGUCUUUGUACUCUUGAUCAGCUCAAGUUCUUUUGCAAGCAUAAUGAUAAACAUCGAACUGGGGCAAAAGAUCGCGUCCUAUACUCCACCUAUGGGGGCCUGUUGAAACAGCUCAAUCCGGCCGGUAAAUAGUUACCAAAUGACUAGAUUAACUAUACCUGCUUAUGUUUGCAAAGUAGCUCUCCGCCGACAACACACCAGAGAAUUAAUGGGAUUGUGGAGGAGAGAAUGCCUUUUAGGUACAUCAAUAUCGAUGUGUCUAUCACAUGAGAUUAUACGUAUUUGAAGGUCAAUUUGUUACUAUGCUGAACGUGAGUAAGAUAAUUCAGCUCUUAGUUUAGGCAAGCUUGGUGAUUGGCAGUUGUCAGUUAUCUCGUAGUCUUCCUGCGAUGUUUUACUUCCAUAAGCAAGUCAAUCCUGCAGACUAAGCACAAAUUGUGCCCGACUGUAUUGACUCUAAGGACGGAUUUAGUCUGAAAAGCACUGCUCUUAGCUUACCUUUAUUUGAAGAUUUUUAAUGAUAACUAGUUUCUUGGAGGAUUUUCAAGAAUUAAGGUAAUUAAAUUAAAGUCUCAGAA